CUUUCUGCAGAAUUAUUCUGAAGGAAAUCAACAUGUGCGUGCUAACAUCUGUUUCCUGACUGACAAGCGUCGCUUUGUUUUGAACACUGAGUUGAUUUUGUGAACUGAAAGUUGAAUACCGUGUUGUGAAUGAGACUGAAAUGGGAACUGGAGGAAAAGACAAAGAUGGAGAAUCAGCGCAACUUGUGGGAGGAUCUAAAGACUUAGAAUCGGGUGAAGAAGAUGAUUCCAUUGACAAGUGUAAACCUGAGAAAAAAGGCUUCGGUGCUAAGUGUCUGACUUGUUUUCGCGGUUGCUUUGGAUUCAUCUUGUUCCCGUUCGUGUUUAUUAUCACGUUCAUAGCUUGUCUUGUCUGGAUUAUUCUGUUACCAGCUAAAUGUUGUUCUCCCUGCUGCGCUCCACUAUUUGACUGGCUCGUUCAACUUCUGAUGCUGCCCGUUCGGUUUUAUCGUUGGGUACUUGGAAAAGAUCGAGACGAAACUAAACAAUAAAAGAAUAUAUCAAA